AUGGACAGCUCUCAGGCACCAUUAAUGGCGGACAACCGCGAAGGGGACGAUGUGGAGGCUGAAGAGGACAACGUCCACGAGGGACGCCUCACCAAAGACGUGGAUGCGAAUCCUGGUAUCUUUGUCGUGGCACUGACCAUUGCAGCAGGAAUCAGUGGGCUUCUUUUUGGAUACGAUACAGGUGUUAUAUCUGCUACGCUAGUGUCAAUCGGAACAUCCUUGUCUAACCGCGAGCUGACAUCUAUGGACAAGUCUAUCAUUACAUCUUCAACGUCGCUCUUUGCUCUCCUCAUCUCGCCCUUUUCUUCCGUGCUUGCCGACCGCCUUGGCCGCAAACGAGUUGUACUAUACGCCGAUAUUCUGUUCAUCCUUGGAGCCGUUCUCCAGGCGAUAUGCUUCACUGUGCCUGUCAUGAUUGCCGGACGCUGCAUCAUAGGAGCAGGUGUUGGAGCGGCAAGCUUUGUGGUGCCGUUAUAUAUCGCAGAGCUGGCUCCGGCGUCGCAUCGAGGGAGGCUUGUCACAGCAACAGUCUUGUUCAUCACACUGGGACAAAUGGUUGCUUAUGUUGUCGGGUGGGCAUUCUCAGCAUAUGGCUCCAAGGAGACGGGUUGGCGGUGGAUGGUCGGACUUGGUGCUUUGCCCGCUGGAUUUCAAGCUGCCAUUGUCGUCUUCAUGCCAGAGACACCUCGUUGGCUUGUCAAGGCGGGCAAGCCAGCACAAGCCAAGACCAUCAUUCAGCGAGUCAAUGGCGGAGCAGGGACUGUGGAAGACGCAAGCGCGGUAAUCAAGGAGAUUGAAAUAGAAAUUCGCGAGGAAGAGAAUCUUGGACGACGUCGAGACCAGCAGUCUACAAGAUGGAAGUGGCUUGGAGCCUGGCGGGAUCUAUUUGGUGAAGGGAAGAACCAACGAGCCUUGGCAAUUGCAUGUUUGCUGCAAGGCCUGCAGCAGCUGUGUGGAUUUAAUUCUCUCAUGUACUUUUCGGCCACCAUCUUUACUGCUGUUGGCUUCAGCAGUCCAACAUUAACAUCACUGACUGUCGCAGUCACCAACUUCGUGUUCACAUUGGUGGCACUGGGACUCGUUGAUCGAAUAGGAAGACGGCGAGUCUUGCUGUAUUCCAUACCGUUUAUGAUUUUGGGCUUAGUAUGCACGGCGGUUGGGUUCUCUUUUCUUCCGUCUGGCGUCACAAAUUCUCAAACUCAGCCUCAGUCAGAGUCCGGUAGUCAAUGGGCAGCAUACGUGAUACUGAUCAGUAUCAUGCUCUAUGUAGCCUCAUAUGGAAUCGGAUUGGGAAAUGUGCCCUGGAUGCAGAGUGAGCUGUUCCCUUUGUCGGUCAGAUCACUGGGAAGUGGCAUCGCAACUGCGACGAAUUGGAGCGCCAACUUUAUUAUUGGGCUGACUUUUCUACCACUGAUGGAUGCUCUCAGCCCUUCGUGGACGUUUGUUUUGUAUGCGCUAGUAUGUGGGAUUGGAUACGCAUUGGUUUGGCAGAUAUAUCCAGAGACAGCGGGCCUGAGCCUUGAAGAAGCCACUGCAUUGCUAGAGCGAGGAUGGGGUGUUUGA